UCGGCUUGACGAUGGAAUGAGGAAAGCUGAACAGAGAAGUUGGCUAUGGCGGCAAUCAACAUCCGCAGCAGCAACAACAGUGACAGAGAGAGGAGAGAGGUGUUUUCAAGGCAUGGGAAAGCAGCUAUGGCCGCCGUGUCAGCGGCGACGGUCGCGACAUAUCCAAUGGAAACGGUGAAAACACUGAUGCAAGUGCAGUCAGCAUCAACAGCAGCCCCUGUCUCUUCCUUGGAACUCUUCAGGAGGCUUCGAGCAGCCACAGGCGUGACAGGUGUGUAUAGGGGCGCUCUUUGGACGCUCUCUGGACAAGUCCCUUCCUUGGCCGUUCGAUUUGGCACUUAUCAAUUGAUGACCGCGUUCUUCCAAGAUGGCAGACUACUCCCCGGCGUCUCAACAUCGGAAGCUCUUAAGGCUGGAGCCCUGGCUGGUGCCCUGGAAGCAGUGGUGUCGACGCCAUUAGAGUUGGUCAAAGUCCGCAUCCAGUCCACACAUAGGCAAGCGGUAGGUUGUGGCAUUGGUCUUCAAGCAUCAGGUCUAAUUGACAACGCUACAAGCUUGCGGCCUCCCGUGUUCAGGACUUUGGAAAGCACCAUACAACCAGGGGUACACAACGCCGCCGGUUCUAUGCCAGAAUGGCUGCGCACGUCCUUUGCAGGUGGUGUCUCUGCUGGUUUAGCCGCAGCUGUUUCUCAUCCGCUGGACACAGCGACGAGGCGGUUACACGCCACAUUUUACCCAAAGCAUGUCAGGAUGGAGAAAUCAAUUUUGCGAGAGAGCGAGCCUGCAACGUGGCUGCAACGCACGUUGGGAAUAGCAUCUGCUCAUCAAACUCGCCGAUGGACUGGAAUCGGUCUACAGGUUACUCAGCAUAGCAUCGGUUUCUUUUGUCUUCUUGCUGUGUACCAUGCCGGUCUGAUGGCACUGUAAAGAAAGUUUCAGAACUGUGGAGUCAAACACGCCAAUGUCAUUCAAUUUUUUUUUAUUUUUUUUGUCCGUUUCUUGUGCGUUUAGAC